UGUACGGGAGGGACUGAGUCAACGCGUGCCGGCUGCCCCCAGCAACCGCAGCAGCAGCAGCGACAGCAGCAACAGACCGCCGCCAUGACCGAGCCCGAGCCGCCCUCCGUCGCCGCCCUCAGCCUGGCUGCGACCGCCGAAGAGCCCGUGUCCAAGGCCACCGCGCAGGAGAUCAACCCGUGGGACGUCCAGGCGGCCACCGACGCCGACGGCAACGUCCAGGAGUUCGACUAUGCCGCCAUCUCGGCCCAGUGGGCCACCAAGCUCAUCGACGACGCCCUGCUCGAGCGCUUCGAGCGCGUGACCGGCCACAAGCCGCACCGCUGGCUGCGGCGCCGCCUGUUCUUCUCCCACCGCGACCUCGAGCUCGUCCUGGACAGAUAUGAGAAGGGCGAGGACUUCCUGCUGUACACCGGCCGCGGGCCCAGCAGCGACGCCAUGCACAUCGGCCACACCAUCCCCUUCGAGUUCACAAAGUGGCUGCAGGACGUCUUUGACGUGCCGCUGGUCAUCAUGUUGACCGACGACGAGAAGUUUCUCUUCAAGGAGAAGCUGACGCAGCCCGAGGUCUACGAGUUCGCCCGCCAGAACGCCAAGGACAUCAUCUCCGUCGGCUUCGACCCCAAGAAGACCUUCAUGUACAUCGACUCCGAGUUCUUCACCUCUGGCUUCAACAGGCACUUCAACCUCAACACCACCGAGUUCGAGAAGCUCAUCACCAACAACCAGGUGCGCGGCGCCUUCGGCUUCCACGGCUCCACCAACAUCGGCAGCAAUGCCUUCGCUGCCAAGCAGUGUGUCGCUGCCUUCGCCUCGUCCUACCCCUUCAUCUGGGGGCAGGACCACAAGACCUAUCACCGCUCCAAGCAGCUCGCCGCCAUCCCCUGCCUCAUCCCCUGCGCUAUCGAUCAGGAUCCCUACUUCCGUCUUGUCCGCGAGAACUGCAGCAGAAUGGACCAGCCGUCGCCAAAGCCUGCACUGAUCCACUCCAAGUUCCUCACCGCGCUGCAGGGUGCAGGUGGAAAGAUGAGUGCCUCGAACCCCAACUCGGCCAUCUUCAUGAGCGACAGCCCCAAGGAGAUCAAGAAGAAGAUCAACUCUCACGCCUUCAGUGGCGGACAGGAAACCCUGGAACUACACCGCGAGAAGGGCGGUAACCCCGACAUUGACGUUCCCUACCAGUACCUUGCAUACUUCGAAGAAGACGACGAGAAGCUGCUGAGACUUGCCGACGAGUACCGCAAGGGCGAGCUUCUGACUGGCGAGAUGAAGAAAGAGUGCAUCGACAUGAUGACACAGUACGUCAAGAAGUUCCAGGAGGCCAGAGCACAGGUCACAGAUGAGACUCUGGAAGAGUUCCUGCGCCCAAGGCAGCUAGAGUGGAAGGGCAACCCCCGCGUGGAGAAGCCGAAGCCCGAGGAGAAGAAGGAAGGCGAAGCGGCCGCAGGCGCAGACGGACAGCCGCUGACCAAGAACCAGCAAAAGAAGCUUGCCAAGCUGGCAGAGCAGGAGAAGAAAAAGGCCGAGAAGGCGGCGGCGGCUGCAGCGAAGAACUAGAGGCACAUAAGAUACCAAAGAAAGACAUUACGGCCUAACAUAGCCUACCGGCCAGACUGUUGAUUUUGUUCGCGUGCUAACCAGUCAUGUCAUAAUGGCCUGGUCAAGAUAACAUGGCCCUCGUUUGACAAUACAGUCAGGAGCGUGGGGUGAUCGCUUCGCAC